GGGUCGCCUUUCUUUUCCGGUUACCUCCCACCUUAGGAACCCUCGAAAAGACCCCUCACCAUCUCCUUUGUGUCCUUGCUAACCAACUCCUCAUUAAAAUCCCUCCUCUUCCUCUCGGCCUUUCUCGCUGGCCAUUGGAGCUCGUUUUGCUCUCGCUCGCUAGCCUUCUUGGUUGGCUAGCGGCUAUACAUACGUACCCAACGCCACGGCCACACGCGCGCGCACCAACCGAGCCAACGAGCUCUUGGUGCUAGGCCGCCAAGAACACGCGAUCGAUUCGAUCGAGAUACGGUUUUCGUGUAUGCAAGGAGGUGAUCACGGAGGGGGGAGCUUAGGCAUGGAGAUGGGCGUGGGCAGCUUCACCGGCGGCGGCGGCGGCGAGUGCUCGUCGUCCUCGGCGACGGCGGCUGCCGCCGCGGCCGCUGCGGCGGCGGCGGCCGCGGCCGAGGCCGAGGAGCGGCAGCUGCUCAAGGGCGAGAUCGCGGUGCACCCGCUGUGCGAGCAGCUGGUGGCGGCGCACGUCGGGUGCCUGCGCGUGGCGACGCCCAUCGACCACCUCCCGCUCAUCGACGCGCAGCUCGCGCAGUCCAGUGGCCUCCUCCACUCCUACGCCGCCCACCACCGCCCCUUCCUCUCCCCCCACGACAAGCAGGAGCUCGACUCCUUCAUCGCACAGUACAUGAUGCUGCUGUGCUCGUUCCGCGAGCAGCUGCAGCAGCACGUCCGGGUGCACGCCGUGGAGGCCGUCAUGGCGUGCCGCGAGAUCGAGCAAUCCUUGCAGGACCUAACUGGUGCAACUUUGGAGGAAGGGACAGGGGCGACCAUGUCGGAGGACGAGGAGGAUUCGCAGAUGCUGGAGGCGCCCAUGGAUAUGGGCUCGGAUGGGCACGACCUCAUGGGCUUCGGCCCGCUCAUGCCCACCGACUCGGAGCGUUCUCUCAUGGAGCGGGUCAGGCAAGAGCUCAAGAUUGAACUCAAGCAGGGUUUCAAGUCAAGGAUUGAGGAUGUGAGAGAAGAAAUAUUGAGGAAGAGGAGGGCAGGAAAGUUGCCUGGGGACACCACCACCAUACUGAAGCAAUGGUGGCAGCAACACUCCAAGUGGCCAUACCCCACGGAGGAUGAUAAGGCAAAACUUGUUGAAGAGACUGGCCUGCAGCUCAAGCAAAUCAACAACUGGUUCAUCAAUCAGAGAAAGCGUAACUGGCACAACAACUCACAGACAUCAACCCUUAAAUCAAAACGUAAAAGGUGAGGGCAGAAAAAUGUAUACCUGACGUACUCGCUAAUCAAAUCAAAGGAAGACAUUGUGACUCAUAAGUAAUAAGAUCAUCUUAAAUUGUAUAUCUAGUUAUUAGUCAGAGGUGACAAAUUCAUGACAUACAUAACUCCAAGACUAUGUUGGUAUAGUUUCUUUUUGUCGUGGGUGUACCUGCAUGCAUACAUAACUCCAAGACUAAUUCAUUUGCUGUGCAUAUACAUUGACCAUUCUAUAACCGUGUGUUAAUUAAGUAAAAAAGCAAAAAAAAAACACGCAAUUGGAAAUGCAUUAA